AUGGGCGGCCCAGGCCUCUACUCCGGGAUCGGCAAGAAGGCCAAGGAUCUACUGUACAGGGACUACCAGACCGACCACAAGUUCACCCUCACCACCUACACCGCCAAUGGCGCCGCAAUUACUGCUACCAGUACAAAGAAGGCUGAUCUUAUACUCGGUGAGAUCCAAUCACAGAUCAAGAACAAAAACAUCACUGUAGAUGUGAAGGCCAACUCAGCAUCGAAUGUCAUUACUACAAUUACCGCUGACGAUCUUGCAGCACCAGGGCUGAAGACCAUCUUGAGCUUUGCUGUUCCUGAUCAGAAAUCUGGAAAGGUUGAGCUCCAGUACUUGCAUGAUUAUGCUGGUAUUAAUGCAAGCAUUGGCUUGACUGCCAAUCCUGUAGUCAACCUCUCCGGCGCGUUCGGAACUAGUGCUCUAGCUCUUGGUGCUGAUGUGUCGCUUGAUACAGCCACCAAGAAUUUCACCAAAUACAAUGCUGCACUUAGCUACACUAACCAGGAUCUUAUCGCAUCCCUGAACCUGAACAACAAGGGAGACAGCCUGACUGCAUCCUAUUACCACAUUGUGGAGAAAUCCGGCACAGCUGUUGGGGCAGAGCUGACCCACAGCUUCUCAAGCAACGAGAACAGCCUCACCUUCGGCACCCAGCAUACCCUGGACCCGCUCACCCUUGUGAAGGCCCGGAUCAACAACUCUGGCAAGGCCAGCGCGCUGAUCCAGCACGAGUUCAUGCCAAAGUCGCUGUGCACCAUCUCGGCGGAGGUGGACACCAAGGCCAUCGAGAAGAGCUCGAAGGUCGGCAGGUGGGUCAGGCCGUCGUGCUCCCUGUCUAUGAACGGCUGCGCGGCAGGUGUCGGCGACCGGGGCGUGGUGACCAUGCACGAGACGCGGGCCCUGCCGGCAGCGUCGGCGCCGCAGGAGGCCGUCGGGCAGCUCAGGGCCGCCGUCGCCGCGCUCAACGCCGACCCGCCGGCGUCCUCCUCCGGCAUCAUCCGCAUCGAGGUGCCUAUUCGGCAGCGAGGGGACGCCAUCGAGUGGCUGCACGCGCAGAGGCAGAGCUCCCUGCUCCGCUGCUUCUUCUCCGCCCGGGCGCCCCUGCCGGACACGCCGGCCGUCGCCGUGGGCAGCCGCAGCAGCAACGGCAACGGCGGCCACAAGGAGCAGUGGGAGCAGCCGGUUAGCGUCGCCGGCGUGGGGUCGGCGGUCUUCUUCCGCGGCACGGACCCCUUCUCCCUCCGCGACUGGCGAGCCAUCAAGAGAUUUCUUUCAAGGGAUUGCCCGCUGAUCCGCGCCUACGGCGCCAUCCGUUUCGACGCGUCGAGCGACGCCUCGGUCGAAUGGGAAGACUACGGCGCAUUCUACUUCGUUGUUCCACAAGUUGAGUUCAGCGAGCUCGAGGAGGGCUCGGUUCUGGCGACGACGAUUGCGUGGGACGACUCGCUUUCUUGGACAUGGCAGAGCGCUGUGGACGAGCUCCAAUCAACAUUGCACAAGAUAUCACCCUGUUCAGUUAAGGUGAACAGGUCCAUCCUACAAACCGCCAUCGUAAAUCUCAAUCAUGUCCCCACCAAGGCGUCCUGGGAUCUUGCUGUUACUCAAGCUCUUCGGAUGAUCAAAGGGAGCCAAACCGAAUUAGUCAAGGUUGUGUUGGCAAGGUGCAGCAGGUACAUCACUGAUACUUGCAUCGACCCUCUGGAGCUGUUAGCUUGUCUGAAGGUUGAGGGCCAGAAUGCCUACCAGUUCUGCAUACAGCCACCUGAUGCUCCUGCAUUUGUUGGAAAUAGUCCAGAGCAACUAUUUCACCGGAAAUACUUGAACAUUUCCAGCGAGGCUUUAGCCGGCACGCGAGCAAGAGGGAAAACAAGGGCUGAUGAUUUUCAAAUUGGCCAGGAAUUGCUUCUAAGCAUCAAAGAGGACACUGAAUUUACUAUUGUACGGGACAGCAUAAAGAAGAAGCUUGAGAUGAUCUGUGAUGAGGUUGUUGUCAAUCCCAGCAAGGCCCUUCGGAAACUUCCAAGAGUACAACAUUUGUCAGCUCAAUUAGCUGCAAGAUUAAGAAAUGAGGACGACGAGUUUGACAUCCUAAAUGCUCUUCAUCCAAGCCCAGCUGUUUGUGGUUUGCCCACUGAAGAAGCGCGCCAAUUCAUACGAGAUUAUGAAAUUUUCGACCGUGGAAUGUAUGCUGGACCUGUUGGUUGGUUUGGUGGAGCUGAAAGUGAGUUUGCUGUUGGGAUUAGAUCAGCGCUACUUGGAAAAGGAUAUAGCACUUUAGUUUAUGCCGGUGCCGGGAUUGUCGAAGGUACAAAUCCAUCUUUUGAAUGGGAUGAGCUUGAUCUCAAAGCAUCUCAGUUUGCAAAGUUGUUGCAGUAUCAAGAACAUCAUAUUUGCUACCAAGAGGCAGGAAACAUGGGGACAUUGAUUUGA